AUGGGUCUCCACCCGCACAUCGUCGUGAAGGAGCACCAGCUCUACGGUUUCCGAUGCUGCGGGCUGUUCGCGCGCAGCUUUAUCGCACAAGGCGAGGUCGUUUGCGAUUGGGACGAAGAAGAGGCCGCUGCGCGGCGAGUGUACCACGCUCGUGACUUAUCAGCGGAACCCGAUCAAAAGAAGCGCGAAAUGAUGAUUCACUUUUCGUACAUGGUCGGUGACGACAUGUACGACACGAUAACUGACCCCGACGAAGAUCCGAGCUUUUAUUACAACCACUCGUGCGACCCCAACACGUGGUACGCUACCGCCACUUGCAUGGUCGCUCUGCGCGACAUUCGCUCGGGUGAGCACGUCACGUACGACUACGCCUGCACGGAGACGGAGGGUAGCAUGCAUGCCGGCCUGCACUGCCGCUGCGGCGCCGCGUGCUGCCGUGGCACGCUCACAUUCACCGAGUGGCGCUCGCACGACUGGCAGCGGCGGUUCGCCGGCCACUGCUCGGCUUAUAUUGAGCGGAAGAUGGCCGAGUCGGGGUGGUACGACCCGCGCGUGGUUCCUCGCUACAAAGGCGGCGCGGACGGCUUCAAGGGGAUGUUCGCAUUGGCGAGCGUCCGACGUGGCGAACCGCUUCUCGUCUUCGCCGGCAAGCUUGUCGGUCUCGACUACCUGCUGGGAAGCGACGAGCGCACGCGAGAGCUCUCGCUGCGAGUCAACGAUCACCUCUGGCAGGUGCCGCAUCCGACGCGUGGGCCCGAGACGCCCGACUUUAUCAACCACUCAUGCGACCCAAACUGCGGAUUGGAAGACUCGGUGACGGUGGUGGCCUUGCGGGACAUCGUGCAAGGCGAAGAGUUGAGCAUCGACUACGGGAGCACCAACGCAGGCGUCGUCCGCACCAGCAGUGACAACUUCAGUUGCCACUGCGGCGCGUCGAUCUGCCGUGGGGUGGUCACAUGUGACGACUGGCAGCUGCUUGAGCUGCAGCAGCGACUGUGGCCGUUCUUCCCGCAGUUCAUCAAGCGACUGAUCGUGAGGGAGUCGGAGCAGUCUGACUCGAAGCCGCAGUCUGAGAGUGGUGAAUCGUGCGAGUCGAUGGAAGGCGAUGAAGUGGCCUUCACAACAAAAAUCCUGGUUCCAGUGACCCCCACAAUGCGCCUGGGCGCGCGCACAAUGCUGCAGCUGGCGGACCUCCCCCCGCCCCCGCGCACCUGGCGCGCGGAUUGGCUGGACGCGCAAACGGCGCGCAUCAUGGAAGGGGAUCAGGGGGAGAGGGGGCAGAAGGGGGAGGAGCAUGGGGAAAGGGGGCGGAAGGAGGAGGAGCAGUGUGAAGGGGAGCAGGGGGAAAGGCGGAUGGGAAGCGGUCAGUUGGUGUUGUGGGACGGAUGGAAAGCAGGGGGCAGAGGGAAGUGGCCGUUUUGGGCGGCUCUGUAUUGGCCGCACCGGUGGGCGCUGCUGCUGCUUGCAGUGAUGUUUCUCGGGGAGUCGAUGCUGCAUGUGGUCAAAGCCGUGCUGCUGUAUCGCAUUGUGAGUGCUGCUAUUGCAUGGAGCCAUUCCCGCCUACCCUCUCCCCCACUCCCCCUCACUCUCCAACAUUUCCCCCUCGUUCUUCUCCUCCAUCCCCCCACCAAGUCGCCUACCUGGAAGGGUGUGACAGCAGCAGCAGCAGCAGCAGCAGCAGCAGCAGCAGCAGCAGCAGCAGCAGCAGCAGCAGCAGCAGCAGCAGCAGCAGCAGCAGCAGCAGCAGCAGCAGCAGCAGCAGCAGCAGCAGCAGCAGCAGCAGCAGCAGCAGCAGCAGCAGCAGCAGCAGCAGCAGCAGCAGCAGCAGCAGCAGCAGCAGCAGCAGCAGCAGCAGCAGCAGCAGCAGCAGCAGCAGCAGCAGCAGCAGCAGCAGCAGCAGCAGCAGCAGCAGCAGCAGCAGCAGCAGCAGCAGCAGCAGCAGCAGCAGCAGCAGCAGCAGCAGCAGCAGCAGCAGCAGCAGCAGCAGCAGCAGCAGCAGCAGCAGCAGUGACAGCGGCAGCAGCAGCGGCGGGCCCACGGAGGAUUACCUGGGAUGGGCGCACGGGGAUGGGCGCAGUGGCAGUGGCUCUGGCCAUGGUGACCCAGCAGUUGUGCUACCGCGCAUAUGUUGUCUCCACCAACACUCGCACCGCCGCCAUCAGCGCAGGUGAGGUUGCCAUCCACAUUGGUCAGAGUCUCUCUGGUGCUUUUCGCCCAUCCCCUCACCUCCUUCCCCCAACUGUCCUCCCUUGCCCCCAUCCGCUUCCUCCUCUCCCACUCCCCGUGUUGUUGUCUCUACUCCUAUACCUUUCCGCUCGCAGCCCAAGCUCCAAGCCUCUGCCACCCAAAAUCCGCCAAACUGCUUCUGCUUCUUUUUGCCCAUCCCCCCGCCCUUCCCCCAACUGUCCUCCCCACACCGGUCUUCCUCCCCUUCCCUCCCACACGCUCCAUCUCCGUCUCUUCCCCUGCAUGCAUCGUCACCUCCUCACACUCACCGCCAGCGCGCUGAGCCACGUCAGCAGCGGGCACUGCAUCAACCUGCUGUCCAAUGACGUGCGCCGAUUGGACGACCUUGUGUUCUGCAGCCAGGCGCUCUGGGUGGCUCCUAUCGAGCUAGUGUUGGUCACGUGGCUGAUAGCGAGGGAGAUCGGAUGGGUGCCCACCAUUGCUGGCAUUGGCAUGCAACUGCUGCUGCUUCCACUACAGCUGACGUGUGGGAAGUGGAGGGUGCGGCUGGAAGACUCACCCUCUCUCCCCCAUCUGCCUUCCAUGCGCCGCUCCCUCCAUUCCCCUCCCCUUAUGCGCUUUACUCUCGCCCCACCCUCCUCCCACCCACAAACAACCAAACCACACCAGCUGGCCUGUGGGAAGUGGAGGGUGCGGCUGCGGGCGAAAACGGCGGAGGCCACAGAUGCACGCGUCAAGCACACAGAGGAGGCUCUGGGCGGCAUCCUGACAGUGAAGACACUGGCUCUGGAGGGGCGGCUCACAGAAUUCAUCCAACGAAUCAGACGCACAGAAGUGUCCUUCCUGCAGUGGACAGCUGCCAUCAACGCCGUGACUGCUGCGCUCUACUUCUCCUUCACCUCCGUGGUCGCCCUCGUCACCUUCGCCACCUUCACGUGCCUCGGAGGGCAACUCACCGCCGCCUCUGUGUUCUACGUGCUUACGCUCUUGGAGAUCCCGCACUACACCAUGGGGUGGAAGGUGGCCUAUGGCAUACACCAAAUAGCAGAGGCGUUUGUCAGCUUCAAGCGACUCUCACACUUCCUGCAGACCACCCCCCACAGAGCCAGGCAGCAAGGAGCGCCAUCUCAGAAUGGCUCUGCUCUGCUCCCAGGAGCACACCACCACGGCCUUGACACCCCAACCACCACCAAGUCACCUGAAUCGACAAGGGCUUCGUUUGCUUGGGGAGAAGCAGCCGGGGAGGUUAAGGUCGAGGGUAAGAUGGAGAACAAAGAGGGAGGAGGAAAGGGAUUUAGAGGAAGGAGAUGGAAAAAGCAAGCGCUUGAGGCGAUUUUUGAGUCGACUCAAUCAUCGGCAGGACAUGUACUGGAUAUGACUGAGCCUUGCAUGGGCGAUGAUGGCACGCCUUAUGGCAAGGCCUACAUGAGCAGAGUCAGGAGUUUCCGCCGCGUCCCCAAAGCUUUCCGCGUGCGUUCCCUCCAGCGGAUCAUGAGCUUUCGUGCUGCUGGCCCUUCCCCUGCUGUUGGCCCUUCUGCUGCUGCUGCUUCUGCCGAUGCUGCUGGUGCUGCUGCCUUGGAGGGCACGUGUGUGACCGCAUGGGCGGAGCAAGAGGGGCAGGUGGAGAUAGACGGUGCACCGAGCGGGCGGGUGGAGGGAGUGAGCGUGAGGCUGGGAGAGGCGGAGCUGCUGGGAGUCACUGGCAAGACGGGCAGUGGCAAGUCGUUGCUGCUGCUGGGUAUUCUCGGGGAAGUGCCUCUCUCAUCCGGCGCCAUGCACCGCUCCGUGCCCUCCCUCGCCUAUGCAUCGCAGCAGCCAUUCCUCAUCGAGGGCACGGUGCGAGACAAUAUCCUAUUCGGCACACCGCUAGACGAGACACUGUAUGCCAAGGUGCUGGAUGCCUGCGCCCUGCGCUCGGACCUGGCCCUGUGGCCACGUGGCGACGAGUCAUUGGUGGAGGAGGGCGGCGGCAACCUCAGUGGCGGGCAGAGGGCGCGCGUGUCGCUCGCCCGGGCGGCCUGCGACAGAGUGUUGGUGCUGGACGGUGGCAGAGCAGCGGCGUGUGGCGCCUGGAGUGACAUCUGCGCCCUGCCCUCUGCACAGCAACACUGCGACAAUCCCCCUCUGGGGCGAGACGGCUCUGAUGCUUCUCACGCUUCUGCCACUGACACUGACAGUGCCGCCUGUACCGCUGCCACUGCCACUGCCACUGCCACUGCCACUGUCCCUGGCACCGGCACCAGCAGCAGCAGCACGAACACGGAUGCUGCAGUGCCGCUUCCAGAGUUGACGCACAGAGCUGCUCACUCUGUUGCUCACUCACACAGCUGCAGAGGCAGCGGCAGUGGCAGCGCUGUGGAUUGCGACUUGAGUAGUGAGAGCAACAACACAGAUGCACCAGCAGAAUGCACGAGGGAAUGCGAGGAGGAGUGCACUCACAGGGACUCGCCGUUGAGAGGAAGCAAAGACGAAUGCCCCGUCAUAGAGACAGACGCUGAGGCGGACAGGUCAGAUGCGGCAAAGGAGGGCAUUCAAAGAGAAUUGCCGUUGAGAGGAGGUGGCAGAGACAGCAGAGAAGGGAAGAGAGCAGAGGGGGUGGCAGCAGAGCGGGCGAAGGGGCUGGUAGAUGCAUGCAGGGAAGGGGAGUGUGUCCCACAUGGGGCCACUUCUGAGUCGAUUCAAAGGGAAUCGUUGUUGAGAGGAAGCGAGGAUGUGGCGGAGACAGCAGAUGGGGCGACGGAGGGCAUUCAAAGAACGUUGUCGUUGAGAGAAAACUGCGGAGACAGCAGAGAAGGGGAGACAGCAGCGGGGGUGAAGGGGGUGGAAGAUGCAUGGAGGGAAGGGGAGAGUGCCUCACAUGGGGAGACUCCUGAGUUGAUUCAAAGAGAAUCGUUGUUGAGAGCAAGUGGCGGAGACAGCAGAGAACGGGAGACAGCAGAGGAGGUCAAGGGGUUGGAAGAUGCAUGCAGGGAGGAGGAGAGUGACCCACAUGGGGGCCAGAAUGCCAAGGGCUCGUUGCACAAGAGGAGGAGGAGCGUGUCCCACAUGAGGAGUUACUCCCUCUUCCGGAGGAGGAAGGGAGUGCAGGAGGAGGAGGAGGAGGAGGAGGAGGAGGAGGAGGAGGAGGAGGAGGAGGAGGAGGAGGAGGAGGAGGAGGAGGAGGAGGAGGAGGAGGAGGAGGAGGAGGAGGAGGAGGAGGAGGAGGAGGAGGAGGAGGAGGAGGAGGAGGCGGAGGAUGCGAGUGGCUCCACAGAAGGUGACGAGCAAGGCCUGCUGGACGUGGAAGGGUGGCAGCGGGGCGCCAUCCCCCUGUCGGUGUUUUGGGGCUACGCCAGAAAGAUUCGAGUGCUGCCUCUGCUGCUCUUUGCCGCCCUCUUCCUCACCGCACACGUCUCCAACGCCCUCGUCAGCUGGUUCCUGGGCCUGUGGACGGAGGAGCCCAACACCACACCGCACCCACUGGUCACGCUGGCAGCCAUCGCCCUGUCCUGCGUGGCCCUCUCCCUCCUUGCCUCUCUCCUCCUCCACUUCGCCGCACUGCGCGCCUCCUCCUGUAUGCACUCACUCAUGCUUUCAUCGGUGCUCGCCUCGCCGCUCGCCUUCUUCCACCGCAACCCCACGGGGCGCGUGCUGAACCGGUUCAGUGAGGACCUCGGGAUUACCGAUGAUGUGCUGCCCCAGCUGCUGCUGGAUUUUUUGAAUGGCCUCCCAACCAUCCGGGCCUUCUCCCAGCAGCGCCGCUUCCAUCGCCUCUUCCUGCGCCACGUCACCACCAACGCCAGCCCGCACCUAUUCUGGAUUGCCACGUGGGAGUGGUUGGGCUUCCGAUUGGACCUCCUCGUUGCCGCCGCCUUGCUCUCCGCCGCCCUCGCCGCCGUCGCCCUACGCCACUCGCUGCCGCCCGCCAUGGCCGCGCUGGCUUUGUCUUAUCUGCUGCAGCUGCCGGACUCCCUGCGGUGGGCGCUGCAAUACGGCGUGGAGCUCGAGAACACGUGCGGCAAGGGAAGGGUGCUAGACUCCCUGUGCUGGGCAUUGCAGUAUGGCGUGGAGCUGGAGAGCACGGUGAGGAUUGGGGAGGGGGAGUGA